AAAUCUCUGCUUUCCCAGGUGCUGCGAGGGCCGGGCGCAGUGAGCGCCGCGCGCCACUGGGUGGCGCUGCCCACUCGGCCCGGCGUUCGGGGAGGCGCGGGCCGCGGCCGGGUGCGCACCUGCCCCGCCUCCUCCAGGCGGGCCGCGGGGCAUGCAGCGGGGCGGGGGCGGGGCUCCGAGGCCGGGACCCGGCCAGCGGCUCCCGGGCAGCCACCGCCAGCUGGACCCCGCCGCGCUCCUGAUGCUGCUCCUGGACGCCGACCGGCCGGAGCCCGUGCGCAGCGGGGCGCGCGAGCUCGCGCUCUUCCUGACCCCCGAGCCCGCGGCCGAGGCGAAGGAGGUGGAGGAGACCAUCGAGGGGAUGCUCCUCAGGCUGGAAGAGUUUUGCAGCCUGACUGACAUGAUCCGGAGUGACACCUCACAGAUCUUGGAGGAAAACAUCCCACUCCUCAAGGCCAAGGUGACAGAAAUGCGGGGCAUCUAUGCCAAAGUGGACCAGCUGGAGGCCUUCGUCAAGAUGGUUGGGCACCAUGUGUGCUUCCUGGAGGCCCACGUGCUGCAGGCCGAGCGGGACCACGGGGCCUUCUCGCAGGCUCUGCGGAGAUGGCUGGGCUCCGCGGGCCUUCCCUCCUUCAGGAACAAGCCGUCCACGCCGGCGCCCCUGCCGUUCCAGCUGCCCGCGCUGUACCGGACGGAGGACUACUUCCCCGGGGCCGCGGGGGCCGCGCCCAGGACCCCCAGCCGCCGCCGGCGCCGGCGCGUGUGAGCUGUGCCGCCGGGUCGUCGGGAAGUGACCAUUAGCAACUGAGGUGAAGCAACUGACCCAAGGGUGAUCAGCUUGUCGGUGACUGAGCUGGGUCUCAAGGUCAUCUUCAGAUCUAGGACGCAGCCCUCCUCCCAUUACCCAACUUAGAUGAAGCACUGAUUUCUGACAUUAAAGGUAAACAACAAGAGCAUGUUAAAUACAUAUACACAUCUCAAAGUGCCUAAACUUCAACACUCAAGAUUGAAAUGACCUUAUACAAGCUCAAACUAGCUCAAGAGGUGAAAUGGUGAUUAGGAAUACACACAUAGCUCAGGUCAGACAGCCCCAUCAGAUCCAGAGAAUUGAAACAACUUAUUAGCUCUGAGACCACUUGCUCUAAAGUGGUCUUACCAUCACCAUGGAUGCCAACUCACUGGACAGUCACACCGGAAGGAUAUCUAAACUGUAACAAUACCUUGCAAAAUGAAAAG